CUGUCUGUCUGUCUGUCUGUCUGUGUGUGUGUGUAUGUGUGUGUGUCAUUAUGAAAAUGAAUCCUAUACACAUGUAAGAUACAUUUAUAGAUAUAAAUGGAUUACUGUAUUGUUGCAGACGUGUGUGUGUGUGUGCUCAUGUGCCUUUCUUUCAGCAUGUGUGUGUGUGUGUGUGUACCUUUCUUCAUGUGUGUGUGUGUGUUUAUAAGCCCCUCGCCCUGGUAGAGGCAUUCCGACAUUCUCUCUGUUCUAGAACUCUCAUGCGGAAAAUCCACAGCUAAAAUAAGCUUUAUGUUUCUAUCCUGAUUUUUAAUUGAAAUUUAGUGCAGAAAUAAUGAUCCUGAUGUCUCCACAAGGACCAGGCUGUUAAUGGCGGGGAGGGAUUAACGAGGAACAGUUAAUUAAUGUGGAAUUAUCACACCUCGUUAUCACACAAGUCUGUACACACCAUCAAUCUGUUAGGGGUUCCACCUUUACUCAACCCUGCAGUGUGUGUGUGUGUGUGUGUUCUCAUGUUUACAAUUUGGGAGUGUGUGUGGGUGUGGGUGUGUGUAUGUGUUGUGUGUGUGUGUGUGUGUGUGUGUGUCUGUGUGUGUGAGUGUGGGUGUGUGUAUGUGUGGGUGUGUGUGUGUGUUCUGUGUGUGUGUGUGUCUGUGUGUGUGUGUGUGUGUGUGGGUGUGUGUUGUGUGUGUCUGUGUGUGUGUGUGUGAGUGUGGGUGUGUGUGUGUCUGUGUGUGUGCAUGCAUCCAUGUGUAACAUGGAUGUCUAACCUCUGGUCCCUGUAGUGCGGACGGGGUCUACGAGGUCUCCUUCUACUGCAACGCCGUGGUGUCCAACACAGGAGACAUCUUCUGGCUCCCGCCUGCCAUCUACAAGUCAGCCUGCGCCAUCGAGGUCCAGAACUUCCCAUUCGACCAGCAGGUAGCUAUUGAUGUUGUUGUACUUUGGUUUUUAUUGUUGCUGUCUUUGAUCUAUGCUUCUGGGGGCUGUUACAGAAGGCUGGAUCAAUGAGAGCCAGCUAGCUGUCCAAAAUUGCUUGAAAUCACUUCAUCAUUUUGAGUAAUAUAGUUUAAAUUGACAUGGUAUAAUUGACUCGACAACAACAACCAAUAUAUAAAUUCAGUGUUCUUAAUCAAACAGAAAAGUUAUAUGUAGCUGUUUAUCAAAGUUAGCUGGCUACUGUUUACUGGAAUACCCCACGGAUGUGACUGAUGCUGUCUGUGUGUCUGAUAUGACUGAUGCUGUCUCUGUGUCUGAUGUGACUGAUGCUGUCUGUGUGUGUGAUGUGGCUGAUGCUGUCUGUGUGUCUGAUGUGACUGAUGCUGUCUGUGUGUCUGAUGUGACUGAUGCUGUCUGUGUGUCUGAUGUGACUGAUGCUGUCUGUGUGUCUGAUGUGACUGAUGCUGCCUGUGUGUCUGAUGUGACUGAUGCUGUCUGUGUGUCUGAUGUGACUGAUGCUGUCUGUGUGCCUGAUGUGACUGAUGCUGUCUGUGUGUCUGAUGUGACUGAUGCUGUCUGUGUGUCUGAUGUGACUGAUGCUGUCUGUGUGUCUGAUGUGACUGAUGCUGUCUGUGUGUCUGAUGUGACUGAUGCUGUCUGUGUGUCUGAUGUGACUGAUGCUGUCUGUGUGCCUGAUGUGACUGAUGCUGUCUGUGUGCCUGAUGUGACUGAUGCUGUCUGUGUGUCUGAUGUGACUGAUGCUGUCUGUGUGUCUGAUGUGACUGAUGCUGUCUGUGUGUCUGAUGUGACUGAGCUGUCUGUGUGUCUGAUGUUGACUGAUGCUGUCUGUGUGUCUGAUGUGACUGAUGCUGUCUGUGUGCCUGAUGUGACUGAUGCUGUCUGUGUGUCUGAUGUGACUGAUGCUGUCUGUGUGUCUGAUGUGACUGAUGCUGUCUGUGUGUCUGAUGUGACUGAUGCUGUCUGUGUGUCUGAUGUGACUGAUGCUGUCUGUGUGUCUGAUGUGACUGAUGCUGUCUGUGUGUCUGAUGUGACUGAUGCUGUCUGUGUGUCUGAUGUGACUGAUGCUGUCUGUGUUUUGUCUGCUGUUGUUUUGACAUUAAAUUUGCCCUCUGGGAUAAAUAAAGUAUCCAUCCAUCUUUCUAUUUAACUAUCCAUCUAGAACUGCACGCUCAAGUUCCGCUCGUGGACUUACGACCACACCGAAGUCGACCUCAUCCUCACCAGCGACUUCGCCAGCCGGGACGACUUCACGCCGAGCGGCGAGUGGGACAUCGUGUCGCUGCCCGCCCGCAAGAACGAAGACCCCAACGACAUCACCUACCUGGACAUCACCUACGACUUUGUCAUCAAGCGCAAGCCUCUGUUCUACACCAUCAACCUGAUCAUCCCCUGCGUCCUCAUCACCUCUCUGGCCAUCCUGGUGUUCUACCUGCCCUCUGACUGUGGAGAGAAGAUGACUCUCUGUAUCUCUGUCCUCCUGGCCCUCACUGUGUUCCUGUUGCUGAUCUCUAAGAUAGUACCGCCCACCUCUCUGGCUGUGCCGCUCAUAGGUAGGUAGACGUAGUGGCUUGGUUUGUUCUGGUCAAUUAUUUCAUUGACGUGUUGUUAGUACUGCAUUUUGUUAUUCCAUGUGGGUAAUUCUUCCUCUGUGUGUGUAUGUUGGAGGUUGUGUGUGAGUGUGUGCUCGUCCAUGACUGUGUCUCUGAAUGGUGGAUGGAUAUACUUACUGCACGUGUGUUAGAGGGGUAAUCAGUAUCAUUACCUAACCAGCCUCUCCUCUCCUCUCCUCUCCUCUCCUCUCCUCUCCUCUCCUCUCCCCUCUCCUCUCCUCUCCAUCUCCUCUCCUCUCCUCCCUCUCCUCUCCUCUCCUCUCCUCUCCUCUCCUCUCCUCUCCUCUCCUCUCCUCUCCUCUCCUCUCCUCUCCUCUCCUCUCCUCUCCUCUCCUCUCCUCUCCUCUCCUCUCCAGGUAAAUACCUGAUGUUCACUAUGGUAUUGGUCACCUUCUCCAUCGUGACCAGUGUGUGUGUCCUCAACGUUCACCACCGCUCCCCGUCCACCCACCGCAUGCCUGACUGGGUCAAACGCCUCUUCCUGCUCCGCCUCCCCGCCUUCCUCCUCAUGAGACGACCCGGGAACAAUAACGUCCGGGAAAAACUUCGCCGGAAGCACGCCACUACCGCUGCCGGGAACACCACCUCCGGGAACACUGGGAAUUCCCGAGGCGGGGUGAAAAAGCGGCAUUCCGACAUCAGGCUGGGAGGAAUCCAGACAGACUCAGACUCGUUCUAUGUUAACGAGGAUUCAGCACAGAAGUUCAGCUGGAAGGUGGGAGACGUGUCGGGGGACGGAGGUAUUCCGGGGUUCAGGCGUCGCGUGGCGGUCCAGUGGGACGCUGACCUGGAGGAGGCGGUGGACGGAGUGAGGUACAUCGCUGAACACAUGAAGACGGAGGAUGGAGAUGAAGGGGUGAGGAGGAGGAAGGAGGAGGAUGGAGGGUAGGAAGAAGAGAGGAAAAUCUACAAAAAGACUGUGUAGAUUUGUAAUUGGCAUAUACAUAUUUUACAAUCACACAUUCUCUCCUCGUACUCCUCCUUCUUCCCCCGUACACCUCCACCUCUCUCUCCCCUUGUCUCUGUUUCGCCUCUGCUUCUAGUCUGUCACUCUGGCAUCCACCUCUCCGCUUAG